UUAACAUAAUUGCACUUUCACUUUCAUUUUUCUUGCACAUUAGAAGAAAACUAUAUGAAAACUUAAGUCUAACCACAUCUGGGUGCUUCAUCCAUGUCUGUCCUCUCGUUCUGAAAAUUUCUACAUACAGCGGAAAUAAGAAUCAUGACCUCUCUCUCUUCAGAAACAGUUUGGUAAUGACGUUGCAAAAUGAGGGUCACUAGUUCAAAUCGCUCUGAUGUAACAAGUUUCAUUGGUAUUUCCGUUUUUACAUUAGUAAGAGUCUAAUAAGACAAAAUAUGACGAGAUAUUACUUUUUAAGUGACAGAACAGUACAGAGAGAGAGAGAGAGACGUGCAUGCACAAACACCAGCAACAACCACCCCUUUACAGAUACAGCAACAAACGCCCCAGUGUCACAGAAGGGAUGAGAAACUCACUUUAAACUCACUCACUCACACAUUGCAAACACACACGUGGAUCCAUACACUCAUGAGGACUGCAGGUUUUUUGGUAAGUGACGUCAGAGGUCACAGAGGGAGAUGUGGUGGAGUGAGUGUGUAUUUUGGGGUGAGUGUAUGUGUCAUAGAGGUGGGAGGGCCAAUCUUGUGCUGCAUAAAUACACAACUGUGAUGGACACUGAGCAUGAGAAGAAGAGCGUGAAGGAGCAACCUUUAAGAGACGAGAAGAGACGAAAAAGAUUUGUGAUGGCCAACGACACGGGUUUGAUUACUAAUGUGGAUCUGAGAAGUCAUGAGAACAACUUGGCUCACCGCACCAGGGAGAUUGAUCGGGAGCGCUUGAUUGUGCGCAGGGGUCAACCCUUCUCCAUAACUUUGCAAUGCUCUGACUCUCUGCCCUCUGAACACCAGCUGGAACUGGUGCUGCACCUUGGUAAGAAAGACGAGGUGGUGAUCAAGGUUCAGAAGGAGAGUGAGGCUGGAGAAAAGUGGUGGUUUAACCAGCAGGGAGCGCAGGAUGAAAUACUGCUGACUCUGCACAGUCCAGCGGAUGCCAUCAUUGGCCAGUACCGUCUGGCUGCGUUGAUCGUGUCACCGGACGGACACAUUUUAGAGGAGACUGACAAAAUUGGAUUCCACCUGCUCUUUAACCCAUGGUGCAAAGAUGAUGAUGUGUACCUCCCUGAUGAGAGUCUGCUUCAGGAGUAUAUCAUGAAUGAAGAUGGAGUCAUUUACAUGGGGGCCGAGAAUAACAUCAAAAGCAUUCCCUGGAAUUAUGGACAGUUUGAGGACUACGUGAUGGACAUCUGUUUUGAAGUUCUGGACAACUCCAAGGACGCCCUGAGGAAUUCACAGAUGGACAUUGAGAAGAGAUCUGACCCCAUCUAUGUCGGCAGGACGAUCACUGCAAUGGUGAACGCUAAUGGUGACAGGGGUGUGUUGGCUGGUCGCUGGAGUGAGCCAUACUCUGACGGAGUUGCACCGUACCGAUGGACCGGCAGCGUGCCUAUCCUCCAGCAGUGGAGCAAGACCGGAGUCAGGGCGGUCAAAUAUGGCCAGUGCUGGGUGUUUGCUGGUGUCGCCUGCACAGUGCUGCGCUGUCUGGGAAUCCCAACACGCCUCAUCACUAACUUCGCCUCAGCCCAUGAUGUUGAUGGAAACCUCUCUGUAGACUUCCUGCUGAAUGAAAAACUGGAGAGCAUUGGCGGGAGGGACAGUAGCUGGAACUUCCACUGUUGGGUGGAGUCCUGGAUGACGAGAGAUGAUCUCCCCAAAGGGAAUGACGGCUGGCAGGUUCUGGACCCCACUCCUCAAGAACUGAGUGAUGGUGAGUUCUGCUGUGGCCCAUGUCCAGUGACAGCCAUUAAGGAGGGAAAUCUGAGAGUGAAGUACGAUGCUCCGUUUGUCUUCGCUGAGGUGAACGCUGACAUCGUCUAUUGGAUGGUCAAACCAGAUGGCCAGCGGCAGAAGAUCAAAGUGAAUGAGAGUGGUGUGGGGAUGAAUAUCAGCACCAAAAGCGUCUACGGCAACCGAAGAGAAGAUGUCACUCUUCAAUACAAAUAUCCUGAAGGUUCCAAGAAAGAGAGAGAGGUGUUCGAGAAAGCAGGGCGCCGAGUCAGUGAUGACAGCACAGAACCAGCCAAACUGCAGCUGUCAAUCAAGCAUGCUAAGCCUGUAUUUGGGACAGACUUUGAUGUGAUUGUUGAGGUGAAGAAUGAAGGAAGCGAAGACGCCAAUGCUGAGCUGACCAUUCUGGCCAUAGCUGUGACUUACAAUUCUCUCAAUCGGGGGGAGUGCCAGAGGCAGACGACCAGUGUGACUGUGCCAGCUAACCAAACCCACAAGGAAGUGAUGCGUCUGCACUACAACGACUACGUCAAGUGUGUCUCUGAGCACAAUCUGAUCAGAGUGAAAGCAUUCUUAGAGGCUCCAGGGGAGAGCGAACCCAUCAUGACCAUGGCCAACAUCACAAUGAGCAAACCUAGUCUCUUCGUAGAGGUGCCUGGGAAGGCUGUUGUAAGUGAACAAGUGACAGCCCACAUCUUCUUCACCAAUCCUCUACCUGUCCCACUGAAGGGUGGUGUGUUCACUGUGGAGGGGGCCGGUCUACUGUCUGCCUCUGAGAUCCGUGUUGAUGGUGAUAUUUCUCCAGGCCAGAAGGUUUCUGUCAAGCUGUCAUUCAAGCCUAUGAGGGCCGGGGUGAGGAAGCUCCUGGUGGAUUUUGACUCCGAUAGGCUGAAGGACGUGAAGGGAGUCACAACUGUGGUUGUCCGCAAGAGAUUUAUGUUUUCUGGAUUUUAAUACUUAAGAGUUCUCUGAACCCAACACAUCCUAAACUGUGAGAUAAUGUGAGGGGAGUAGCACAUUAUUCUAUAUAUUUGUUACUGUUGAAAAGUAUCAGAUCAAAGAAAAUCUGUUGUUGUAUGUUUUGUUUCUUAAUUAUCUUUUUGCACUAUUUAAAAUACAUAAAUCAUGAUUGGAAGAAGCUACCUUUUUUUUUUUUAUCCUAAUAUUUAUUCUUUUUUAUAAUAAUUUGGUGUGUUCAUGCUGAUAUGAAACUAUGCACAGUCUGCUUUCAAUAAAGAUUUUUUCACAGGUCUGCUUUUGGUCUGACAUGUCAUUAACACUGAUGUCUGACAUAUGCUUUGGGUUGACUAUCUGCAAUAUAAUUUUAAACUGUACAGAAUAUUCUUCAUGUGUGGGACUCACCAAGCAGCUUACUAGGAACAAUAGCAACACCUGUACACCUGCUUGUUCAUGCUAUUAUCCAAUCAGCCAAUCACAUGCCAGCAGUGCAGUGCAUCACAUCAUACAAAUACACGUAAGCUGGUUCACAUCAAACAUCAGAAUGGGGUAAAAAUA